AUGCCUCCUCAAGGCCAUAGGCGCAGGCGGACAGCCCACGACGAAGAGGAAGAGGACGAUAAUUCACACAAUCGGCGACCAACUAAGCGCGUCCAGGAAUCCGACAAUGGCUCCGAUGACUCCGAAAACGACGGCGACCAAGAUAUCGAUAUGGACAGAGCCGCUGGUGAUAACAGCUCCGAUGACCAGCUUGUCAAGAAGCUCGUCCGUUACGCCCUCGCCUGCGAAUACGCCAGGAUACCGAUAAAACGCGACGGUAUACGAGACAAAGUACUUGGUGCUCAUGCAAGAUCCUUUAGGCGAGUUUUUGACGCCGCACAAGAACAGCUGCAGAAGGUAUUUGGCAUGGAGAUGGCUGAGUUGCCUGUGAGAGAGAAGCGCACUUUAAAAGAUAAGCAAAAAGCUGUUAAGAGAGGCGCUUCACAAGCGUCUGCAUCCUCUCGCCAAUAUAUCCUCAUAUCCUGCUUGCCUAAAGAAUACCGCACACAGCCCGUCAUCGGUCCUUCACGUCUGCCAAGCGCAGCAGAGGAGGCUGCCUAUGUGGCGUUCUACACACUUGUAAUCGCACUUAUCACACUGUCAAGCGGUGAGCUAAGUGAUAUGAAGUUAAGGCGGUACUUGACACGCCUCAACGCAAGCCAGAACCUGCCAAUGGACAAGACUGAUAAUGUAUUACAAAGGCUUAUCCGACAAGGGUAUCUCGAUAAGGUUGUGGAAAGAGUCGAAGGUGAGGAGGACGCAAUUACAUGGUGUGUUGGACCGCGAGGUAAAGUUGAAGUAUCACCUCAGAGUAUCGCCCAAAUCGUAAGUGAGGUCUGGCGUGAUCCGCCUGAUGACUUCGAGAAAAAGCUAGAGAAAAGUUUGGGUGUACGGACGGGACAGUCUCAGACUGCAAACAGAGACAGGGAGGGAGAAGAGAAUGACGAGUAG